AUGGCUGAUCCGGAAAAGAAAGAGACCAUAGCUCUUAUUGGCUUGGGCACAAUCGGCCUCUCAUUUGCUGCAUUGCAUCUACGCUAUUCAAACGCCAGCCUCCGGUUAUACGAUGUACGCAGUGACUUGAAAGAGCACAUCGAAAGCCUACUACCAGUCUAUCUCGAGUCAACAAAGAAGGAGGGAAGUCAGGAUAAUCUGGCUGUUCAGGCCUUGAUAUCCGACGGUCGACUUCUGAUAUGCUCUUCCAUUCAAGAAGUAUGCUCGGGUGCUACCAUCGUACAAGAGCAAGGACCUGAUAGUGUAGAUUUCAAAAAGUCAAACUGGGCUCAAGUGGUGAAAUACGUACCGCCUUCUGCUCACCUGUGGAGCUCGACGUCUGGUAUUCUAGCUUCUAAGCAAGUGGAAGAUCUCGAGGACAAAUCCAGGGUUCUUGUAGUCCAUCCGUUCAAUCCACCUCACAUCAUGCCACUGAUAGAGGUGGUUCCUUCACCUCACACCGCACCCGAAAGAACACAGUUUGCGAUCGAUUAUUUCAAAGGACUUGGAUCAGGCCACCGUCCUGUCAGAAUCAACAAGGAGACCCAUGGCUUCGUAGGCAACCGCCUAGCAUUUGCCCUUUUCAGAGAGGCCUGCCACCUAGUCUCUAACGAUGUGGUUUCAGUCGAAGACCUAGACACUAUCGUCGAGGCCAGUAUUGCCCCUCGCUGGGCUGUUGCUGGUCCGUUCAAGACAUACAACAGCGCAGGUGGAACUGGUGGAAUCGGAGCUUUCUUGCAUAACCUUGCUGAUACUAUGGAGGCGUGCUGGGAUGAUGGCGGCAAGAUCAGCCUCAAAGGCACGUCUGUUACCAAGUCUGGUGAAGACGGUGAUGCAGAUGGUGAUUGGACGGAUAAGAUCUCAAAGGAGACCGAAGAAGCAUAUGGUCGGCCAACGGCAGACUCGUUGUCAGAGCGGGAUCGCAAUUUGCAAAGGGUUAUAGCUGCGCAACCUCAAGGGGCUCAGUGA